GAAAACCUGUCGCUCACUGGAAUUGAGUUCAUCUAUGAUUCAGAAAACAUGCUUUCAAAUGUCGAUUUAGCACAAUACCAACCAAAUAUAAGACUGCAAGUGAUUCUGAAGGAUUGAGUGUUUUCUGAUCAGUUUUCAGGGUCAGUUUAGCUGCAGUAUGUCAGAGGAAAGAGGAAAGGACUCUCUCUCUCAGAUGAGUCUCUCAGAGAAACACAGUGUAAGAUCAGGGUCACAUGUGUCCAGCUCUGUGUCUCUGAAGAGUGAUUGGUCUAAUGAUUGUCCACCAAACUUUAGUGAGAAAACACCAUCAUCUAAUAAAAGGUAUUUUGUGUUACUCAUUUUAGCAUCAGCUAAUGCCUAUUUCUCUUUCUGUAAAAUAUCAGUUAGUAUUUUAUUUUACUAAUGUGAUUACAGGCUUCAAUAUGAGACAUUAGACUCAGACCUUCAGACUCGCAGGAACCACAAGAAUUUCAAAGACAAUCUUCUUGGGAUCUUUCAGGAUCUUGAGAGCAAAAUAAUCACAUUUCUGAAGAAUGAGCUGGAGAAGUUAAAGAAAAUAUUACAACAUGAGAACACGCAACACUUUGUGAAGGACUUUAAUGAGAACAGAUCCAGUAUCAAAUCAGCAGCUCUUGAUCUCACACUACAUUACCUGAGAGAGAUGAAGCAAGAUGAAGCUGCUGAUGCUCUAGAAGAUGAGCUGUUCUUCAUUCAUCAGCUGAAAUCUGCCCUACAGAAGAAGUAUCAAUGUGUGUUUGAAGGAAUGGCGAAGCAAGGUGACUCCACACUCCUGAAUAACAUCUACACAGAUCUCUACAUCACUCAGGGUGGCAGUGAACAGGUCAAUACUGAACAUGAGGUCAGACAGAUUGAAGUUGCUUCCAGACGUCAUGAAGCACAAGAGAUACAGGUUGAAUGCACACAUUUGUUUGAAGCGCCUGAACAAGACGAGGAGAUCCGAACUGUACUGACAAAAGGAGUAGCUGGCAUCGGGAAAUCAGUCUCUGUGCAAAAGUUUGUUCUGGACUGGGCUGAAGGAAAAGACAAUCAAGAUAUCAGCUUCAUAUUUCCUCUUCCAUUCAGAGAGAUGAACUUAAAGGAGAAAGAAAAACUAAGUUUGAUGGACCUUUUAACUCAGUUUUUCCCAGAGACAAAAGGACUGAACCUUACAAGAAGGAAUCAGUUCAAAGUGCUGUUCAUCCUUGAUGGAUUGGACGAAUGUCGCCUUCCUCUGAAGUUUGAUUGUAAUGAGACGUGGCGUGAUGUAUCGUCACCAGCCUCUCUGGAUGUUCUCCUAACGAACCUCAUAAAGGGAAAUCUGCUUCCUUCUGCUCUCGUCUGGAUCACCAGCAGACCAGCAGCUGCCAGUAAGAUUCCUCCUGACUGUAUCGACCGGCUGACCGAGAUACGAGGAUUCAGCGACGCACAAAAGCAAGAGUACUUCAAAAAAAGAUUCAAGGAUGAUAUUCAAGCCAACACAAUCAUAGAUCAUGUUAAACAAUCAAAGAGUCUCUUUAUCAUGUGCCACAUCCCAGUCUUCUGCUGGAUUUCAGCCACUGUUCUCCACAACAUUCUGGAGGAGAAGAGAAAUGAUGUGAGAAACACUCAGGCUGAUGAGAUCUCUAAAACACUGCAGGAAUCAAACACUGAAGACACUCCCAAGACUCUGACACAAAUGUACACACACUUUCUCCGCUUUCAGAUCCAGCAGAGCCGCCGGAAAUAUGAUGGAGAAUACACACCAGAUGUUUCCUGGGAUAAAGACGCCAUCCUUUCACUGGGGAAACUGGCAUUUCAUCAGCUGGAAAGAAACAACCUGAUCUUCUAUGACUCAGACCUGGAAGCCUGUGGUCUUGACGUCUUUAAGGCAUCAGUGUACUCAGGCAUGUGUACCCAGAUCUUUAAGGAGGAAACAGGGAUCGUUCUUGGUACCAUAUACUGCUUUGUUCACUUGAGCAUUCAAGAGUUUAUUGCAGCCCUUUAUGCACAUCUGUUUCUAGACAUCAACAAGACAAGUGUGUUUGAUCAUGAGUCUACAGAACAGGAAAACAGAAAUGAAACCAUGAUUGAUUUUCUCAAGACUGCAGUGGACAAGGCGCUGGAGAGUGACAAUGGACACCUGGACCUUUUCCUUCGCUUCCUCCUCGGUCUGUCACUCCAGUCCAAUCGACGACUCUUACGAGGUCUGUUGACACAGCGAGACGGCACUGACCAGAGCAACAAAGGGAAAGUUCGAGGACUCUUACGAGGUCGUUUGACACAGCGAGACGACACUGACCAGAGCAACAAGGAAAUAGUUCAGUAUAUCAAGCAGAAAUUAGAAGCUAAUCUUCCUGCAGAGAGAUCCAUCAAUCUGUUCUACUGUCUGAAUGAACUGAACGACCAAACUCUGGUGAAUGAGAUUCAGACCCACCUUACCAAAGGAAGUCUCUCCUCUGGUGACCUUUCACCUGCCCAGUGGUCUGCUUUAGCCUUUGUGUUGUUGACAUCAGAGGAAGAGCUGGAGGAGUUUGAGCUUCAGAAAUUCAAGAAAUCAGACGAGUGUCUCAUUAGAUUAUCGGCAGUCAUUAAAACCUCCAAAAGAGCACUGUUAAAUGAUUGUAACUUAACAAACAAAAGCUGUUCAGCUCUGGCUGCAGUUCUUGGAUCAGACACCAAUCUGAAAGAGCUGAACAUGAACAAUAAUAAUCUGCAGGAUUCAGGAGUGAAGCUGCUCUGCACUGGACUGAAGAAUAUAAAGUGUAAAUUGGAGAUACUGAGUCUGAGUUAUUGCAGUAUUACAGAGAAACAGAGUCUCAUCCUGACUUCAGCUCUGAAAUCAAACCCGUCACACCUGAGAGAGCUGGACCUGAGCGUGAAUAAACUAGGAAACACAGGAGUGAAGCACUUAUGUGCCGGACUGAAGGAUUCACACUGUAAACUGGAGAGAUUGAGGUUAAGCUGCUGUAAUAUGACAGAUGAAGGUUGUUCUGGUGUGACUUCAGCUCUGAAAUCAAACCCGUCACACCUGAGAGAGCUGGACCUGAGCAGGAAUAAUCUAGGAGACUCUGGAGUGAAAAACCUCAGUGAUCUACUGAUGAACCCACAAUUCAAGCUGGAGAAACUACAUCUGAGUGUAUGCAGUAUUACAAAGAAACAGAGUCUCAUCCUGACUUCAUCUCUGAAAUCAAACCCGUUACACCUGAGAGAGCUGGACCUGAGCUGGAAUAAUCUAGGAAACACAGGAGUGAAGCACUUAUGUGCCGUACUGAAGGAUACACACUGUAAACUGGAGAGAUUGAGGUUACGCUGCUGUGAUAUGACAGAUGAAGGUUGUUCUGAUGUGACUUCAGCUCUGAAAUCAAACCAGUCACACCUGAGAGAGCUGGACCUGAGCAAGAAUAAACUAGGAGACUCUGGAGUGAAAAACCUCAGUGAUCUACUGAUGAACCCACAAUUCAAGCUGGAGAAACUACAUCUGAGUUAUUGCAGGAUUACAGAGAAACAGAGUCUCAUCCUGACUUCAGCUCUGAAAUCAAACCCGUCACACCUGAGAGAGCUGAACCUGAGCGUGAAUAAACUAGGAAACUCAGGAGUGAAGCACUUAUGUGCCGUACUGAAGGAUUCACACUGUAAACUGGAGAGAUUGAGGUUAAGCUGGUGUGAUAUGACAGAUGAAGGUUGUUCUGAUGUGACUUCAGCUCUGAAAUCAAACCCGUCACACCUGAGAGAGCUGGACCUGAGCGAGAAUAAACUAGGAGACUCUGGAGUGAAAAACCUCAGUGAUCUACUGAUGAACCCACAAUUCAAGCUGGAGAAACUACAUCUGAGUUAUUGCAGGAUUACAGAGAAACAGAGUCUCAUCCUGACUUCAGCUCUGAAAUCAAACCCGUCACACCUGAGAGAUCUGGACCUGAGCGUGAAUAAACUAGGAGACUCUGGAGUGAAAAACCUCAGUGAUCUACUGAUGAACCCACAAUGCUGUGGCAUUACAGAUGUUUCUUCUUUAACUCAGUCUUUGACGAACUCAAAAGCUCUGCAGUUUUUAAAAGAGCUUGAUCUGAGUUACAAUAAGAUCGGAGACUCAAAGCAGCGGCUCAGAGACGAGCUACGAGACUCAAACUGUGUCCUGAGGUGA